AUGAAUGCCACUCAGAAUGAGACCGUUGCCUUGUCCACAAUCAAGUCGCUGCGCGUUCCUGAUAAAACUGCCACUCUCCAGAGCCUCCUCCGACUGCUUGAUGCCGUCAUCUUCCUCCAGCUCGGCGCGCUGUAUCUCCAGGAUAACCUGACACUUUUCCUCCUGCUGCGUGCAGUCUCACAAGCAGCUCAUAACCUGCCAGCGGUUCAACUACCGCCCGUCAUUUUGAUCAACGUCCUUUGCUUCGCGACACAUCUCUUACAAGCAAGACCAGAAGCCAAAGGCUGGGCGUCACGGGGAUAUCUACAUGGAGGUUUGAUCAUUGAUUUUGUGGGGGAGCAGGGUCCUGUUUCAAAAUGGAGGCUUGCCUCGAUGGAUCUCCUCAUUUUUGGCCUGCAGUUGGUGGUACUGGUCGUUGGAAAUGAGAGACUGAAAGCCGCGGGUGAUCCGGCAGCACAAGAGCCGCACGACACACCGGAUACUCAGGAUCUGGAGGCCGCCGAGGAAGGUCGCGUGACGACCUCUGCUCGGGCGCCUGCAGAGACUGAGGAUGGAAUUGAACUUCAGAGUCUCCUGCCGGAAGGAUCAGGACAGGAUACUGCUAGUAACAGCAAGCCUCUGAAUGCUGAUCUGGAGGAAGAUAUUGUCGAGUUGGACAUGCGACGAGGGCUAACGACAUUGCUGAGAAGAGGUCGCACCAGCGCUGGUACUAGUACAAGCACCGACACGACUCCGGAAAGUGCUGGCAUAGCGGAAAUUCUAAGUCGGAUAGCCGCUGCUCGGGCACGAGCUGCAUGA